GAAGAUGCCUAUGGGUGCAAAGACGGCGCCCAAGCACUUCGCCAACGUAAUGGGCUUAGUGUUGGGUCGACUACGUACGGAGGAUCGAGUAAAUACGAGAUCAUACCAGGACGAUAUCAUUAUCGCCGCGAACACACGAGAGGAAUUGGAGGAGCGAUAUAGAAGGGUAACGAACCACCUACGUUCGCUAGGGUUUAAGAUUAACCCGGAAAAGUCCUCGUUGGCAGAGGAAAUUGAUAUCCUCGGUUACCGAUUCACGCGAGAUAAGAUAACGAUCCCUGAACCGAAAGAGCGCGCAAUUCGAAACGCGCUACGCAGUAAGAAUGUCAAACAAGUGAUCCGAGCAACGCAUCAGCUCGGCUACUAUAAGACAAUUUUGUCUCCAGCGCUGAGAGAUUCUGCAAUAAAACUCAGGCAAGUACUCUCGAAGGUUGGGCACUUUACGCAAGUCGCCAGGGACCUACGAAAGGCCCUGGACGUGGCAUGGAUGUGCCCUAGAGAAGAACCCUGGGGUGCAAAGCGAAUCGAGAUAUACGUAGACGCUUCAGACACGGCCGCCGGACUACAUGUGCGAUACAAUGGCAAUUGUGUACUAGAAGAAACGCUACCACUGACUCAUACGAUGACUAACUUGGCUUCGUUUAAAGAGAUACAGGGUGCUUAUAAGCUCCUGGUAAAAUACAGAGGCCACAUACGUCACAUAGACGACACGUGUGAGAAAGUGAUCCUAACGGACAACCUGAGACUAUAUCAGGGACUC